UUACUGGUCACAUGACUGAAACUGACGUCAAUGGGGCUUUAUAAGCAAAGGUCUCAGUCUUUUCUGACGUGUGAAAGAAAAUGUCUGAUCCAAGGAACACCUUUUUCACACACUCUGUCGACGACGCAAUUCUACCCGCAACAGAAAACUUACCAGUUUCGAUACCAGUGUUGGAGCCUUCCCAACCUAUAUUUGACAUGGAGGAAGGAAGAUCAUCUGGAGAUCCUGAUGAGGGGACACAUGUUAGGCCUACUGAGCUCGAGUCUGAUAACUUAUCGUCCGUAGAUAGCUCUCAAAUGUCAUCGGAAACAAAUGAAUAUGCAGCAAUAAUAAGACAGUUAGAUAUAGCAUUAUGGCUCUACAUUGGUUUACCCAGCGUUCCGAAAAAACACGUGGGUGCCAAAAAUUAUACCAAAAAGUCAACAAAUCAUGAAAUUUUAUCUCUGCAAAUUAACACCCGUUGCAACACUCAAAAUGACAUUUGGGUUUUUCCUGUUAUUUCGAAUGUAAUUGGCAACAUACAAUACAAAGAACUGAACGAAGAACGGUGUCGGCUUUUAACUUUUCCCGCAGAAGUUAAUUACCUCUUGAGAACAGCUUUGGCAGAAAAUGGCUUUUACUACUUUGGGAACGGACAAAGCAUUGCCUGCUAUUUUUGCCAAAGGUGGAGCACUGCUUUGAGCGACCAGGAGGGUGUACAAGAUAUACGCUUGAGUCAUCACCCAACUUGCCCAAUGGUGACAGGAGAACCAUGUAAUAACAUCCCACUUCCUGCGAGUAGCUCUCGAGAACCCAGGGCCGAACGUCUCACGGUAGCAGUCCAAUCUUCUGAUGACAACGAUUACAUACCAACUGAAAGAUGGCUGGACCAAGGAGCUGGGACUGAUUUCCCGACUCGUGGAGAGAGUCCAAUGGAGACAGGAGAACCAUAUAAUAACAUCCCACUUCCUGUGAGUAGCUCUCGGGACCCCAGGGCCAAACGUCUCACGGUAGCAGUUCAACUUUCUGAUGACAACGAUUACAUACCAACUGAAAGAUGGCUGGACCAAGGAGCUGGGGCUGAUGUCCCGACUCGAAGAGAGAGUCCAAUGGAGACAGGAGAACCAUAUAAUAACAUCCCACUUCCUGUGAGUAGCUCUCGGGACCCCAGGGCCAAACGUCUCACGGUAGCAGUCCAAUCUUCUGAUGACAACGAUUACAUACCAACUGAAAGAUGGCUGGACCAAGGAGCUGGGGCUGAUGUCCCGACUCGAAGAGAGAGUCCAAUGGAGACAGGAGAACCAUAUAAUAACAUCCCACUUCCUGUGAGUAGCUCUCGGGACCCCAGGGCCAAACGUCUCACGGUAGCAGUCCAAUCUUCUGAUGACAACGAUUACAUACCAACUGAAAGAUGGCUGGACCAAGGAGCUGGGACUGAUUUCCCGACUCGUGGAGAGAGGCUUCUUUCAUUGCAAAAUGAUGGUGAAAUAGAGGAUGUCAGAGUCAGGGGUAUCGUGACGUCCCUUCCGCUUCACCCAUCUAAGUCAGGACCUGAAAUAAGAGAGAGAUCUUUACGCCCCAUCUUCUGCAAUGAUCAAAGCAGAAACUUCUCGGAGGCAGGUUUUUUUGUUGUUGAGGGAAUGAUAAUCUGCUGCUUCUGGUGUGGAAUUUGGUUUCCUUUCGAAAGGGUAGUCUUGCCUGUCGUCGACAUAUGGAAGCUACAUGCUCAUGAGAACCCAAAUUGUGGUUUCCUUAUCCUUCGAAUGGGACUGGCUAAUGUACAACGCUGGAGUAGCCACCGUCAAAUCCAAGGGCCACCACUCCAAGUAACUGCAGUGUCACGGCCAGUUCAAGAAGAGGGUGAGACAGCCUCAAGCACAUGCCGCGUGUGUAACAGACGACCGCGGGAAGUUCAAUUCCUACCGUGCGGACACGUUCUUUACUGCGUAAAUUGUGCCGGGGUCUCAUUUUGCUUUGAUUGUCAUCAGCCUGUACUCGGCAAGAUUCGGAUUAACCCCUGAAUGGGUUCUCAAUUCAAUAAAUGAUAAUGUUAAAUUUUAGAAUGUAGUUAUUUUCAUCUGAAUAGCUUAAUUAUUUUACACAUUGUCCAUCCUUGGGUGACCUAUACUGAAAGAGAGCCGUUUUUGAAGAUAAUAAAAGGAUAAAAUUACAAUCA